GCAGCGCUGGUUGCCAACCUUAGACCACGAGGCAUAGGCUGGGGAAUUCGAAGAGUCAGCGACAAACGGCAUGGAUUAAGCAGCAAAUUUAGGGAUUUGUGGUAUAGAAGAUAAUUGUUGUAUUACCUCAAGAAUAUCCAAAAAAAUUUUUACACAUUAAAGUAGAGAGCAUCAUGUUCCGUACACUGUCGUCACAUUUGGUUUCAUCAGCUGUACGUCACCAUCGCACAGCUGCUACCAGGUAUACAGAUAUUCAGAGAUGGCUGUCAACAGCAGAAACAGCCACCCACCCCCAUGGGUCACUGAGCAACCAGUCCCCUCCUAUGGACCUGCGCUCAGCCCAGAGUGUUUGUAACUUCAAUAUUGAGGAAAUGACAGCACUCCUUGAUCAUGAUAACCAUGAGAUGAGGACCAAGUUUAGAGAAUUUAUGAGCGAUCCAGUUAUGAAACCUCGCUACAACAUCCCCCUUCAUGAGGAGCGUGAUGUAGCUCUCGCUCGACUCCAACGGAUCUGUGACUCGGGGUUCAUCUCUGUACUCGACUUCCAGAACAACCCACUCCGUAUCUUUGCCGCCCACGAGUUAGCGUCCAUUAUUGAUCCUGCAAUGGCUACCAAGAUGACAGUGCAGUUCAACUUAUUCGGGGGCACUGUUUUGAAGCUGGGCACCAAGAGACACCACGAUAAACUUCUCGCCGGAAUUGAUACCUUGAAGGAUGUUGGCUGUUUUGGCCUCACAGAAUUGGGCUAUGGUAACAAUGCCGUGGAAAUGGAGACCACCGCUGUUUAUGAUAAGGAGACUGAGGAAUUUAUUGUGAAUACACCCAGCACUCUGGCACAGAAGUACUGGAUCACCAACGGGGCUGUUCAUGCCAAGCACAUUGUUGUGUUUGCACAGCUGAUUGUGGAGGGCGUGAAUCAUGGUAUCCACGGUGUUCUUGUUCGCAUUCGUGAUGACAAUUUACAGGUGCUGCCAAAUGUUCGUGUGGAGGACAUGGGGUACAAGAUGGGCUUGAAUGGAGUAGACAAUGCCAAGUUGGUGUUUGAUAACGUGCGAGUGCCACGAGAGAAUCUGCUAAAUAAAUACAGUGAUGUGUCACCAGAAGGAGAGUUCACGUCUUCAGUUAAAAGCUCCCGUGCUCGGUUCCUCACAGUGGCAGAUCAGUUGCUGUCGGGUCGUAUUUGUAUUGCCAGUAUGUCCAUGGGUGUCUCUAAAGCUGCCCUCGCCAUUGCCUUACGUUAUGCAGCAUCUCGCCUGACCGUUGGUCCAACAGGUAAAUCUGACAUGUCAAUUCUUCAGUACCAGCUGCAGCAGAGAACCCUUUUGCCUCUUCUGGCUAGGACAUAUGCUAUCAACUUUGGACUAGACUAUGUGAAGGAACGAUGGGCAUUCCAAGCACCAGAUGGCUCUGAACACCCUGAAGUUGUAACAAUGUGCUGUGUCAUCAAACCCUUGGCAUCUUGGAAUUCAGAAAAUGUUGUUUCAGUGAGCCGGGAGCGCUGUGGAGGACAGGGAUACCUCUCAUGCAACAGGUUUGGCACCUUCCUGGGUCUAGCCCAUGCAGCAAUGACAGCCGAGGGGGACAAUUGCGUCCUCAUGCAGAAAGUAGCAAAAGAGAGACUGGAAGCCUUCAAGCCUCUAGCUACAAACAAAGACCUUCCAGAAGACCCCACCAACAUUCAGUUCCUGCAUGACCUCCUUAACAGAAGGGAGAACCUCUACUUCAUGGCACUAGGGAAGAAGUUGAAGACUGUAGGAAGGGCCGGUCUGUUUAAUACAUGGAUGAUGCAAGAAGCUGACUUAAUUCAGGAUGCUGCCUGGGCCUAUGGAGAAAGGCUCAUCUCUGAACAGUUUGGAAAAGUGCUUAAGACUUGUGAGAGCAGCCUGACACCUUCACUGACUAAGCUGUAUCACCUUUACCUUCUGGACAUUUUGGAAAAGAAUAUGGGCAGCUUUAUUAUCAAUGGACUGAUUUCCCCAGAGGCAGCCAAACAGGCUGUUGCUGUAUCCCGUGAUUUGUGUAGGGAAAUUGGGCCAGAUGCUCUUCCUCUCUCUGAAGCCUUUGCUAUAAGUGACCAAAUGUUAUCUGCACCCAUUGCCCUAGACUGGGUGGAGUACAAUGUGAGGGAUAACCAGGGUGAGCUGUAGAACUUAUUGCAUGUUUGUAAAUACUCUACUUACUGUGAACAAUAGUUAUUAUUUUAUAACCUGGUAAAGGAUUAUUGAAUUUAAACAUCUCUGUUUCUCUCGGUUCUAAUAUUUUUAAGUUUCUUCUUCUCUUUGAAAUUCUGGUGCAAAAUUGUUUUCUAUUGGAAGGGAUUUGCAAUCACUACACUGCCUCCUUGUUUACUGAUGGCAUAGUAGUCGUUUUGUUAUAUCUGCUCUACCCAGAACAGACCAUCAAGCCUGUGUGACCCACUUUUAUGGUGUUUUUCAGGUAACUUUUGAAAGUUUUAUUUUGUGUUUUUGAUGAACUUUUAGCAUGAUUGAAUAUUUGAUAGAAAGAUGUUUUUAAGUUUCACUAUGGGGACUGCUGAUAGUGUCAUAAUAUUUACUAUUGAGAAUAUAUUAAGUAAUAUUUCUAUCUUUAGGUAUUUUGUAUUAAACUACAGUACAGUAUAUUGGAAUUCACUUUUACUGAACUUAGUUACAGAUAGAUUGCUAAUGGUGAAUGUAAAUAAGUAACUUAAUGUUAUACUGUACAUAAAGUAUUUUUUCAAGUGCCAAUAGGGCUAUAGUAGUGAAAAUAUCUUGCUGGCAGUUUUGUGAUGUAAAAAUUACACAACCAAUAUUUUCCAAGUCUCCACAAAUCAAGUGUAUUAAGCUUAGUUAAUUUUAACACGAGUCUCUCCACCCUUGUUGAGAACUAUACCCAACUCCUAUGAGAUACUACAGGUAUAGGUAAAGUUGUCCAGGUACUCAUGUGGACAAACUUUGUUCCUGCUACACACCAGAGGCAGUAAUGUUUUUUACAACUUUAUAAAAACACAGUUGCAAAAUAAUUAUCCUUAUUGGGUGGCUGUAAACACUUCAAUAGGACAGUUGCCACAUGUGGAGAAUUGGUGACAGGUUUGUGCCAAAUAAAAUAAGUGUACUGUACAUCAUAUACUUGCUGCCACUUACGACAUCUGAUCUCCAUUUGUGACUUUUAUCACAGACUCUCUGGUGAUGGUAUAUAUUAUCUGAAGUUUCAUUAAGUAUCAGUUCAUGAGACAAAUGUUAAAAACACCCAGACAAUAAAUCCAGACCACUUUACAUUAAAUUGAAUUGGGUGUAUUUGUUAGGCUCAAAGAACAAAUUAUCUAACUGAGCGACAAAAAACAACGGAAUGUGGAUGUUGGAAAAAACCUACAAGCAAAAUUUCUCUUUCUGGUUAUUUUGCUGUAGUCAAUGUGUUGCAAUAUUUUUUCACUCAAUGAGCGAAUUUGUUGUCGAGUCUAACAUAUCCAGAAAAACUAGUUAAGAGACAUUGUUACGUCAAUACAAGUAACCUUAUGAUAUGUAGAAACUCGUAAUAUUGCAUCUGUUUACUUCUUGUCUUCGUGUAGUAGCUAGUCCAACACUGAUAAAUGGGCAGGCAGGGUUUAAUCCUAAGGUACCCCUUCCACUUUCACUAGUGACUGGGGACUCUUUGCUGGGAACCCGUCAGAGUUGGCAAGAGAUUUAAAACAUUUCAUCCACUGCAAAACCCAUUGGAGAUGCUCUAGACUAGUAAUGAUACAUGACUUUUCAAGAACUUUUUAUAGUUUUGUCAUAAAAGAUAACCGAUUAUUUCUUAAAGUGCUCCUUACGGUCAGGCUGAGGGAGAAGCAUACUGUAACUGUAGCUAUAGGCUCUGUUAAAGAUUUCAGUGUAACAGUUGCAAUGCAAAGCCACAAAUCUAUCAAUGCAAUUACUUAUAAGUUAGUGUAAAAAAAAUAAAUAAACAUUUGGUAAUAAACAAA